GUAUCGAUUGUGAAAACAGAUAAACACUAGGCAGCCUGCAGUGGAGCUGAUCCUGCUGUGAGCCUGUUGUGCCUUUUCCCCAAAUAAAGGACUCUUGGAAGAGGAGAAAGUAUGAGCGACUUACUCGGAAUUACGUGACUCACACAGAUAGGUUUUUCGUUCCUAUUUAACCAUUUUCCUUUUUUGUAUAUGAUGGCUGAGCUAAUCUAGCAGGCUAACAAGCUACAGUGCAUUUUCCUCUACCGGAAGAAGAUCAGAGAGUGCAGUCUCUGUUUCCUCCUGAUGGCUUCAACUUCUGCAGUCGGAAAAGCAGAAUGGCGUGAAGGUGACAGUUGUCUGGCUCUACACCCAAGACAUGGUGUCCUGAGAGAAGCCACUAUCCAGAAACUGACCUCCAGCUCUCUUAAUGAAGAUACAGCAUGGGUGUUAUUUAAAGACACUAAUAAAGAUGUGGGAGAGGAAGAACAAGAGGCGGAAGCCAUACCUAUCUCAAAACUUAUGAGACCUGGUUUGAGGGACUUCAUGCAGGAGAAACCUUGGUUUCCUACCAGCCUGAUAGACCCCAGGUUAUGUGUCCCGUUAGAGCUGAGUGAUGCUCAUGAAGACCGAGUUCCCUAUACCAUCAAUAGAUACCUUAGAGAUUACCAGCGGGAAGGUAUCAGGUUCAUUUACAAUAACUACAUCCGUUCCAGAGGUUGCAUCCUGGGAGAUGACAUGGGCCUGGGAAAGACUGUACAGGUCAUUGGUUUUCUGGCUGCUGUAUUGCACAAAACAGGCACAUGGGAGGACAUUGCAAACAACAGGCCCCAGUUUCUGCAGAGUCAGCAGUCAUCUAAGCAAAGUAAUCCCAGCAAAGUGUUCCUUAUUGUGGCCCCGCUGUCAGUGCUUUAUAACUGGAAAGAUGAGCUGGACACAUGGGGUCACUUCCAGUGUGUGGUGGUCCACGGACUGAGGAAAGAGGAGGAGUUGGCCCGCAUUAGGAAGGGGCGAGUUGAAAUUGCCCUCACUACCUAUGAAACUCUUCGUCUCUGCCUGGAUCAGUUUAAUAAGAUUGACUGGUCUGCUGUGGUUGUGGAUGAGGCCCACAAGAUAAAAAAUCCAGACUCUCAGAUCACUCAGGCCAUGAAGGAGCUAAGAUGUAAGGUCAGAAUUGGUCUCACUGGAACCAUCUUACAGAACAACCUGGAGGAGCUGUGGUGUGUUUUGGAUUGGGCUAUACCAGGUUGUCUUGAUAGCUUAGGCCACUUCAAGAACAAGUUUUCAGAUCCAAUUGAGCAAGGGCAGAGGCACAGCGCAACCAAACGUGCUCUCGCUACAGGGAGGAAGGCCGUCAGAGCCCUGGUGAGGAAGAUUUCUCAUUGGUUCUUCAGAAGGACUAAAGCUAUUAUCAAAGAACAGCUGCCCAAGAAGGACGACCGGGUGGUGUAUUGCUCUAUGACAGAGUUUCAGCAGACAGUGUAUCAGGCAGUGCUCGACAGUGAAGAUGUGACAUUACUCCUAAGGUCAUCAGAAAAAUGUGACUGUCACAGCAGACGCACCCGCAGAAGCUGCUGCUAUAAAACAAACACUGAUGGUGUUCAUAUGAAGGAGCUGUACUUUAGUUACCUGGCCAUAUUGAGAAAGGUUGCGAACCAUGUAGCACUCCUUCAGUCUACUCCAGGCACCAGCAAGAAACAGGAAAAGUAUGUGAGUGCUGUUUGUGCAAAGGUAUUCCAGAAGUUUCCGGAAUUUGUGCAUAGAUGCAAAAAUGAAGCAUUUGAAGCCCUGUCAGACCCAAUGUACAGUGGAAAAAUGAAGGUGCUGCAGAAGCUUCUCAAAUUUUAUCUACAAAAGAGAGAUAAAGUGCUUAUUUUUUCUCUCUCAACCAAGUUAUUAGAUGUGCUGGAGAGCUACUGCAUGGCUGUGGGGCUGGACUUCAGCAGGCUGGACGGAUCCACCAAAUCCAAAGAGCGAGUCCAGAUCGUCAGAGACUUUAACAGCUCCUCUCACAUCAACCUCUGCCUGGUUUCCACCAUGGCAGGUGGUCUUGGUCUUAACUUUGUUGGUGCUAAUGUUGUGGUGCUGUUUGACCCCACCUGGAACCCAGCCAAUGACCUUCAGGCUAUUGACAGGGCGUAUCGCAUUGGCCAGUGCAGGGAUGUGACUGUUCUUAGGCUGAUCUCACUGGGAACUGUGGAAGAGGUCAUAUACCUGCGACAAAUUUACAAACAGCAAUUGCACUCCUCUGUAGUUGGCAAGGAGAGCUCCCGGCGGUAUUUCGAAGCAGUGCGGGGGCAUGGUGACCAUAAGGAUGAACUGUUUGGGAUCAAAAACCUAUUUAGGCUGCAAACUCAAGGGACCUGUCUCACCCGCAAGAUUUUAGAGAGAGAAGGGCAAGUGGAGGCUGGUGUUAUGAUGAGUACACACACAGGCAAAGACACGGAGGAGGAGACAAAGGGAGCUGGCGAAGCUGGAGGUUCUUCACCAACAAAUGUCCAUGUACCAAAUGAUAAACCAGCGAAGGAGAUCAGCGAUCCAUCAAAAGUCUCCACAGGGGUGCUGGACUUCAGCAGUGAAGAGGAUGAGAGAAAGGCCUCAAACCUCAGCACAGAUGAUUGGAAUAGGAGCAGGAAUGCUACAACAGGUCCUGGUCGAAUGAGUCUCCAACAGCAUGGUUUCUCCAAACUCCUUGAAAGAGUCAAAGAAGCACCAGCGUUAGAAGGCGAAACGAGUCCAGAAGAUGAAGGAAGCUGCUUUGAGGAAGAUCCUGAGGAGAAAAAAAGGGAAGACACGUCCACCUCCAGCACAGGAAAUGUCGGUGUCCCUUUGGGAACAGAAACCAGGGACACAUCCUGCAAUUCAGACAGAAAAUUAAGAGAUAAUGGGAGACAAGACGGUGACACGGGUCUGAAACGGCAGAUAAGUGAAAUAAUUACUGUGGAUGAAGAUUGCAAUAAAAACUCUAAACUAGAAAAAAAUAAAGUUAAACUCAAAACUACGUUUCCCAAAAAACACAAGUUUGAGGGUUACUCAGAUGAAUCUGAAGACUUCGACUUAGAGGCAAAGUCGUGGUCCAAAAAGGAUGCUUUAUAUUUACAUGAUGGAGGAGAGAGGGGGAAAGGAAGGACGGACUACAGUAAAAAGAGGCAAAGUGCAAGUGAAAGGGACAAAAGAAGAUCAAAAUACACACAAGAUAUAGAGACAUUCUCAUCUUCAGAGGAGGAACAUGUAAGUCCACACAUGGAAAGAUCCAGAGUUAAACUGCAAAAACUUGGGCAAAGACCUGUGACGGGCACAACAGAGAAGGAAGCGUUGAUGCCGAAGGCUGUUUCAUUUACAACUUUGAAAAGUCAGACAAACCUGGCAUCUAAAGAAAAGAAUGGAACUAUUGACUGCAUGCUAGGAGGUGUACAGGAGGUGGUGUACACCCACUCUAACCAGCGCGUUGUGGGUGGCAGCAAAGCAGAAGAGCUGAUCAGUCGAGCUGCUGUACGGGAUGUGUUUGAACGUAAAAUGUACUCGCAGCUCCCGGCCAAUCACCUUCUAGGAACCCAGGAGAGCUUGCCAGACAGUGAGCCGUGCCAUUCCACUAUGAGGCUGCAAGAGCUCAGUUUGGAUCAUCCAGUCACCUUUACCAGCAAGAGUGUGCACCACACCAAACACAACACCUUCAUCAUUGGCGAGACUCCCAAAGCCAUACGCAGGCAACAGCUGGAGGAAAUGGCAGAAAAAUUCAAAUUUCCCACAGUCCACCAGUUUGCUGUUGAAAUUCUGAGCAAAGAUUCAACCCAGAGACUGGCCUUGCUUCACCAGUAUUACACUUCACUGAACCUCCCUGAGUUGGCUGAUACGGUCAAAAACAACUUCCCACAACCUGUUUCAGCACAAGCCUCCCCCUCAGCUGCUAACUCAGAGAUCAAAAAUCCACAAAAGGAUGCUUCAAAAGCCACAAAAAAUUUGAUAUUCACUCAAAAGAAUCUCAGAACUAAACCUGAAACAUCAGAAAAAACUCCUGUGCCACCAAAAAAGGCUAGAAACUCAAAAGGCGAUGCUCCAAAACCUCGCAAAAAGCAAAGAAUAUCACAAAGGAAUGUGCUGGAACCUCUAAGUGAUGUUCCAAGUCCUGAGUCAGAGGAGCAGGACGAGACACACUGCAGUGCCAGAGGACUCAAGCGGACAAAGGGAGGUAGUGUUUCUACUUCUGGAGCCCACAUAGCUGGUGGUGGUCUUGGCGGCGAUCGAGUCAGCAGCAGUGGUCUUGGGUCUGGGGAGGCUUCUGCUCGCCUGAACUGCACAGACAGAGAUACCCCUUCUUCUUCGGACCUCAGCCAUGGCAGUUCCACCAUGGUAUCCAAACCCACAGCACGAGGAAAAGAGCAGGAGCAGAAGUCAUCUUUGAGGAUGAGUGAAACUUUGCAGAGGGAGCAGAGAGAAAAUUCUCAGCCCCCUUCCAUCUCCACUAAUCGCUCCUACCUAACAGAGCUGAUAGGAGACACCUCGAUCCUAGAUGACUUGCUAAAACCCAAACCCAAGAGUACUCAACACAUCCCCAAAACACCACCCGUAGCACCUGUAAACACCAAUCUUACCACGCCCUUACCGUCCGCACUCACUUCCGACUCCAAUGCAACCUUACACACCCAAACUACACACCAGAUCGAAACAACAGCACGGGCAUCAAAGGGCAGUCGCAAAGACUUCUGGGACAUCCUGAAUGAGGGUAAUGAGGAGAGUAUCAAUAGAUUAACAGAUCCAGAAGAAGUGCAGAGAGUUUGCAUCACCACCAACUUUGCAGCUAGAACUGUGUCUGUGGAGAAGGACAGCAAGAGUCUCUGGAAAACUAACGAGAAGUUCCUGUGGAAAAAAUAGCAUUUGAAUUUGUAUUCGUGAACAGUUUUGCAGAUUUGUCUGCAAAUUUUAGUAUUUUUCUUUUGUUUAAAAUUAUUGAAUCUUUUAAAUUGUCUUUUUUUAAAAGUAAAAAAAGAGAAUUAUCUUGUUUGUUACUGAAAUAAACUUCAGUGUAAUCAUUCUUGAAAGUAUUUAGUUGAACAUGCAUAUACUUUUAUGAAAAUAGUUUCCCUGCUCUUUUUUUCUUUUUUUCUACACUGGCUGAGCACUAUACUUUGUCAUCACAGUGGUAAGUUGUAUAUAUGUAUCAUGUGAUGACAACAGACCGUUUCCAUUACACUGGACUGUUUCCAACAGAGAAACAAAAAGUGGAACUUCAGGGCGAAGCUGACUCAGAUCUCAUCAAACACGAUUAUGUUUUGGACUUAGCAUAGGCAGGACUGUAUAGUGUCAGCACUUUAGGCCGAUCACACAGGCAUAGUGGCCAAUCAGCUGUUCCUAAAUGCAGCAACUGUGAAAUGACUGAAAUUAAACUUUUCAUUUCAUUUUCGUUUGGUAGGUGGUUGGCAUCAGGGAGUACACAUUUUUUUUCCUGCCAACCACUGGUUGUUAAGGGGUUAAUGACUGGCUUCUAGGCCUGUGUGACUGAUAUCAUAAUUGUCACCCAAUAAGUGUUGGUGACUGCAGAGAUACCACUUAAAACUCCUUAAUGGCUGUUAGGUCUCUGUCACUCCACACCCGUUGCUGCCUCACACCUCCCAAGAGAGUGGGCAUUACAUAGUGUAGAUGGUGAUGUUUCCCUGCAGUCAUCUGCACUGUAAUCUGAGCGCUCUGUGGGUCUGCUGAGUUGUGCCUCAAAGGCCCCUCAGAGGGGAGAGCUGCUGUGCUAUUAGUGUAAUAACAAUAAGCAAUUCAAGACUUAAGUGGCGCAGCGAGAUGAGGGAUGGCAGGUAGUAUUCAUGCCCUUCCAUCCACCCAUCAUCUGAAAUUUUUCGUUGUAGUUGCAUUUGUCAAAUUCAUCAAACUCUAA